GACUCCAAGACCACAUUCUCGGGUCUGUUGUGGGUGACACGAAGACCGGAUCGACCAUGUUCACGACUUUGGUAUUGGCGUUCACGCUGGGCGUGGCGGUAGCUGAUUUUGGCCGCGGCUACCAAUACCAAGUACCCGUCAACCCCUUCGGCGCUUCAUCUUCUCAAGUGAACAAUUACAAUAAAGGCGUCUAUUCAGUCAGCUCAAAUCCAGCUCUUACCUUUGGUAGGGGCUCGAGUUUAACUACGGGAACCGUCGGACAAGGGAUAGGUUCAACAAUCUACAAACAAGGUUCCAGUGUCUCUUCAGGAUUCGGUGGACAGGCAUCCGUCGUACCUUCCACUACCUUUAGUCAGAGUUCUAAAGGAAGUGUAAGCACUACUAGUCAGAGCGCUAGUGGAUCAUAUGGAACUUAUGGACAAGGUCAAGGUCCCACGUCAACCGAUGUGAGCUCAAGCAGUUUAACUGGAUCUUUUAGCCAAGGUUCUGUUGUACCUGGUACAUCCUUCAGCCAGGGCUCUAAACAAAUUACGUCGUUUGGACAAACCACUCUCGGGUCGUCUGGAUUGGGUCAAGGAUCAGUUGUAUCUCCUAUAUACACAGGGCAACUUUCAAGUGGUAAUACAGGUUAUAACAAUAAUGGUUUUAGCUCCACCUCAUCUUCACAAUUCGGUAUUGGUUCUGGAUCUGGUUACAAAGUUGUAAACCCGUCCGUUUUAAGUACUAAGUAUGUUACUGGAUCUACUGGCCCCAGUUCUAAUUAUUAUGGUACCACUGGAGGAUCUAAUUCUGGUUUUGCCGUACCUGCGAGUGGAACAGGAUCGUACUACAAUACAGGUAGCUCGACAGGCUCAAACUUUGUUCAACAACCAUCUUACACUGGCUCAAAUUCAAACUACAAUACUCCCGAUAGUGGAUCAACUUAUUAUGUUCCAAAUCAACAAGGAGUUUAUCCAGGAUCUACUGUUGGACAAAAUCAAGGCAGCUAUCAGACUAUAGUAGAUACGAGUGCCUUAGACAACAUUGGAAACUACUACCAAUCGGCGAGUGCUGCUAACCAAUUCAUUUCAUCUAAUCAAUAUCAAAAUGCUGCUAUUCUCAAUUAUCAAGACUAUUACAACCAAAUACAACAACAGCCUGCCCAAGUAUUUAAACAUUUUUAUGUGCAUGCUGCGCCAGAAGACUUAGAACCACCUAAACCAAGACCUCAAAUCAUUCUGCCACCACCUCAAAAGCAUUAUAAAAUCAUAUUCAUCAAAGCACCGACUCAACAACCAUCAGUACCGCAGGUCAUUCCAGUUCCACAACAAAAUGAAGAAAAGACCAUUGUAUAUGUUCUUGUAAAGAAACCUGAAGAUGCUAAAAACAUUGUUCUGCCAAAGUUCGAGCCGAAAACACCAGUUAAACCUGAUGUGUUCUUCAUAAAAUACAACGAUAAACAAGAUUCUCAAUCCCUUAUCGAUAACAUCGUUAAUGACUACAACAAAGGAGGUGUUUCAGCUACUUUCACUGACAUUUCUGGUGGUGUACCAGUAUCUUCUGGAUCUGGUUAUAAAAGUGGCAGUUCAUUAGUUACGAGUACUUCUUCGGUAAAUAACAAUCCUGUUAAAAGUACAGGUACUACAGUUGAAACUUUGUUUGGUAAAAAACCAACUGUUGGAAGUUCUUUCGGGACUUCGACGAGUGGGCUUUCUUCGACAACACCUAGUACAUCAUUUACUUCGGGUACAUUAUCACCUAGUAGUUUUUCAUCGGUGUUUGAUAAUCGCUUUGGAAUAAGUACUGAUAAUAAAGUUAAUUCAGGUAGCACAGGAUCGGGAAGCUCAGCAACUACAAGUAACUUAGUAGUAAAGCCUAGUAGCGGCACCCUGUUGUCUGGUAAUACUCUCAGCAGCAAACCUAGUGUUUCUUACGGUUCUGUAUCAGAUAGUAAUUUGGGUUCAAAGCCUGUCACAAGCUUUACUUCAGGGAGUAGCUCUACUUUCGGAUCUAAUGUUGGUAUUCCUGUUAAUAAGCCCAGCAGCACCUUAUUAACAGGUUCAAAUACUUUUAGCGCUGGUAGUAAGCCAAGUUCAGUCCCUGUUACAUCAUCUUACAUUAGUAACGUCCCUUCAUAUGGAUCUGGCUCAAGUGUUAUUAUUUCAGAGUCAAAAGGUAACACACAAUCCAGCAGUGGCUUUUCACUCAACAGCAAACCUAGUGUUUCUUUCGGUUCUGUAUCAGGUAAUAAUUUAGGUUCAAAGCCUGUCACAAGCUUUACUUCAGGGAGUAGCUCUACUUUCGGUUCUAAUGUUGUUAUUCCUGUUAAUAAGCCUAGCAGCACCUUAUUAACAGGUUCAAAUACUUUUAACGCUGGUAGUAAGCCAAGUUCAGUCCCUGUUACAUCAUCUUACAUUAGUAACGUCCCUUCAUAUGGAUCUAGCACACAAUCCAGCAGUGGCUUUUCACUCAACAGCAAUGAUGCAAACUCUAAACUUAAUGGCAACUUUGGCACAGGAUCCUCUGUUGUUACAAGUAAUAUAAAUAAUAUUGUUUUACCGAGUAGCAGUUUUGGUUUAAGCUCUAGUACACCUGGUUAUAAUUCUGGUAUCCCAAGUUCUAGACCAUCUACUGUUAACUCUGUUUUUGGUAGUAGUUCAACAUCAGGUAAUUCCAUAACUUUAAAGCCUGUCAGUAACAGCGGCUUAAGUUCUGUUGCAACGACUUCUGGUAGUUUUCCUUCUACUAUUGUAAGCUCCACUCCCAGUCCUGCGCCCAACGCCUUAAGCUCUUUAAACAACUACGGCAGUGGAUUGGGUAGUGUUGGUUCUAGCAUUGGUUCUGGAAACACACUGCCCUCAGGCAGCAGUAGUUCUGCAUUUGACAAGAUCUCAACUGUCUAUGUAUCUAAGCCUAUCGUCAGUGGCGUCACCUUAAAUAAAAACCCUAGUAAUUCGGGGUCGAGUUUUUCUAACAUUGCAUCUCCUGCUUUAAGCCUAUCAAAUGGGGUGGCAAGCAGUCAAUCUUCUAAUAGCUAUAGUACAGGUUUAAGUAAUUUUAAUUCUGGUACAACAUCGGGAUCCUCUACCAAUUUCGGUGUUGGAUCUAGCAAAUUUGGGGUUAGUUCAGGUUUAGACAAGUCCGCUUAUGAAACUACUAUUGUUUCCACUAGUCAGGGUAUUCCCCACGAAACCUAUGGAAUACCUAAGUUUAAAAUAUUGUAGAUUUAAAAGUUUGAAUUUGUUUUAUAUCAUCCGAAAUAAUUUACUUUUUAAUACUGGCUAGAAAAUAAAUGCAACUAAAUAAAAUA